AUGAGUGCAAGUGGAGACGGAUCACACAAUAACCGUCAUGGCCGACAGGUUAACCCACAAAGGUUUGAAAGUGGAGAUCAGGAACCAGCUAAUGAACCAGUUAAUGGACCAGUUAAUGGACCAGCUUUCGAGCCUAUUCAUGGACUCCGGGGCUUCCAGAUCGAUCUUUAUUUUCUUCUCAAUGAUAUGUUUUGGAUGCUGAAUGAGCUAAUGGAUGUAUUAGUGGAACAAUAUGUUAAUUACCGUCACAAUGCCAAUGACAAUAAUGUCAACAUUCAAAAUAUGAAUGUGAGGGACAAUAAUGCCAAUGCUGACAACAAUGAACAGCACGAGGAUCAUAAUGCUGUUGUUGUUGGUGGCAUUGAAAAUGAGGAUUCUGAUGAGGCAUUUGAAGACUGUGAGGAUGUUCACCAGUACAUCCCAGAAGAGGAUCCUCAGCCAGGUGUAUCCAGGAGGAGGUCUAGAGAGAUGGAUGAAGCAGAUGUGGAACCAAACAAAAGAAUCAGAUGGAGCGAGGAGUUUUCUGAUGACGACUCUGACUUCUUCUCUGCUUGUGACACUGAUAGCGAGGGCUGUCCUCAGCAGGUAACAGAAGAAGAACCGCAGCCUGGUGGAUCCACGAAAAGGUCCAGAGAGGAAGAUGUAGACGAAGAAGAGCAUAAUAGCAAAAAAUCCAGGCUUGCAAACUCUGAUUCGGGGACCAGCUCAGCUGUGUACGACCACUCUGAGAGCAGCAGUGAUGGACUUUUUGAAGAUGCACACGAAGAGCUUGACAACCAUGAAGCUGGAGGCUCGAGGAAGCGUUCCCGAGAGGACUUUGAGGAAGAAGAGGAAUACUUGCCUGUUUGCAAACUUCGGAGGUGUUCAAAUGAGUCCAGCAGCAGCAGUGAUGAAGACUAACACUAUUUCGACGGGUUUCUUCAGUAUCCUUUUAGUAGGCUGAUGGCCUACUCAGGUGACCCUGAAUCCUCCAUGCUGCAAUAAGCUGGGCAUACACUGUGCU